CCCUCCAGCAUUCCAGGCUGAGUUGCUAAGCCACUGGUUCCUGGAAUAUAUAAAACAAGAUCGGGGACUCUGAGGACCUCGAGGACACCUUCCGGGUGAGUUGGCCGUACUGCUGGAUGCCUGCGCUCUUAGCCUCCAGGAUCUUCCUCAUGGCGAGGAUCCCCAACUAACAAGGCAGAGAGCCCCUUCCCCUGGACCCUGGUUGUUGCUCUGGGAUUCAGUGGUCACAGAAAGAGCCAGCAGAGGAAUAUACAUCUGAGGCGUGCGCCAUGCGGUGGACCCUGUUGCUGCUGCUCUUGACUGCGCCGUGCCGGAGUCGGGCAGGGCCUCUCCAAGAGGAGAGGGUCCCAUUCGUACGACUCACGUCUCAAAGCUCCUGGGGGAGCGGUGGCAGCAAUGCCACGGUAUCGCCCUGCGAGGGGCUCCCCGCCGCGGGAGCCACGGCAUGGACGGUGGCGAACCGCAGCCUGGAGCGCUUGCCCCGCUGCCUGCCGCGCUCUCUGCGCAGCCUCGACGGCAGCCACAACCUGCUGCGCGCCCUGAGCGCGGCCGAGCUCGGCCACCUGCCCGAGCUGCAGGAGCUCACGGUGCGCCACAACCGCAUCGCCACGCUGCGCUGGGGCCCCGGCGGCCCGAGCGGGCUGCGCGCCCUGGACCUCAGCUACAACCAGCUGGACACGCUGCAGCAGUGCACCGGGCCCGCGCUGCGCAGCCUGCGCUUGCUGGAGCUCGCCGGGAACCCGCUGCGGGCACUGCCACCCCGCGCCUUCGUCUGCUUCCCCGCGCUGCAGCGGCUCAACCUCUCCUACACCGAGCUGGGCCGCGGCGCCCAGGGGAACAUCGCGCGGGGGGCGUUCGCAGGAGAGGUCAUGCUCAAGGUUCUGGAUCUCAGCGGUACACACCUCCAGCAAAUUGAGUCUGGGUGGAUGAGAGACCUGCCGAACCUGACGCACCUCUACCUGCGGAAGAUGCCCAGGCUGAGGACCCUGGAGGGAGACAUUUUCAAGAUGACCCCCAAACUGCGCCAGCUGAAUUGCCAGGACUCCCCGGCACUGACUUCCGUCCACACACACAUCUUCCAGGACACACCCUCUCUCCAGGUCCUUCUGUUGCACAACUGCAACUUGAGUUCCUUCCCUCCUUGGACCAGGAAUUCCUCCCAGGUGCUGUCUGUUAACCUCUUCGGCAACCCUCUCACUUGCAACUGUGAGUUGUCCUGGCUCCUCCUGGAUGCGAAGAGAACUGUCCUGCGCAGGGUGGCGGACACGAUGUGCACACCAGCUGCAGGACCCGCGGGCCCUUUCUCAGCAGCUCUUCCCCUCUCCCAGCUGCCGGAUGUGUGCAGGUCGGGCCACAGCACCACCCUCCCGGAUUCAAACCCAUCCUCUUUUGCUGGCUUGGCUUCUGCACCACCUUCACCAGGACUCUCUGCUCAACCUGCGAGAGGCCAGCCGAGUGUCACCAAAGCCUCACCCUCCACCGCGCUGUCCCUCACACAGGCUUCGUGGACACCCCAUGGCACCUUGGGGGGCACUGUCCCCUCCAGUGCCCACCCUACAACAGCAAGCCUCAGGCCAACCAGCACUGCACCCAGGACUGCCAGCGGGACAGGGCACCAAGAACACGCUGCCAGUCUGGUCCCGAAGCCCAGGGUCUCAGCUGCCACCACCUCGCUCGCCACCAAACACCUUAGCCCCAUCCCUACUGCAGGGAGCACCAUGAGUAGGACUCAGCCUGACCAGAGGACACAGCCAGCGCCCCAGGCCCCCCACUCCAGUCCUUCUGAUGAUGAGAUUCCCGUCAUCCUACUGGAUGACAGUGAGGAGGGGACCGAAGAGGAGGGGUCCAAAGUGGUGAGAGCGUCCCACCACAGCAUCCCCUGCGAUUACGACCCGUGCAGGCACCUGCAGACCCCCUGUGUGGAGCUGCAGAGGCGCUCACGCUGCACCUGCCCUGGCCUCACCAGGGAGGACACUGUCCCCGACCUGCCCCAGCUACAGGGGGUGUCGGAGGUGACUGACACGUCGCUGCUCGUCCACUGGUGCGCCCCCUACUCAGUCGUGCGCACCUACCAGAUCCACUACUCCGUGGAGGGCGAAGCGGGGAACCAGUCGGUGGUGGGUGACAUCUAUGCCACCGCCCGGCAGCACCCUCUGUACAGGCUGUCACCGGGCACCACCUACCGCGUGUGCGUGGUGGCGGCCAACGCCGCAGGCCUGAGCCAGCCUCGGUCCAGGGGCUGGAAGAGGCCGUGCACCACCAUUACCACCAAGCCCAGCCUGGUGGCCGUCCUGGUGGUGCUGGGCACCGCCUGUGGCCUGCUGCUCAUCAGCACCCUGGUGCUGUUUGUGUGCCUCUGCAGGCGAGGCCGGAAGCUAUGCGGGCACAACCAUGACCAGUACCUGGUGGCCUUCAGGAACCCAUACCUGCUACCCUUCGAAAACCCGGGCCAAGACUGCAGGCAGAGCAAAGUGACGGGGCUCUGCCCAGAGGCACACCAAGCCCCGGGCUCCACCCCCAGCACCACACACACACCCGAGGCCUCAGUGAAGCUGCAGACCUUCACCUAGCCACUGCCUUCUUCCACCGAGCUGAUCUCUGUCCAGAAGGACCACAGCCAAACGGCCCCGUCUGCUCCAGUCUCAUGAGGCCGCCACGCCUCGGGCACGCACUGUCUCUGUCCAAGGACCAGUGCUUUCCCUUCUCUGCUGUCCCUGAUGGUCAAUGCCAGGCCGCGCCCACUGGCACCCAGCAGCCUCUCCCGUGCUCGUUGGGGGUUCUCAGCAGUCAGGGCCCCUCAGAAUCCAGCAGAGCAGAGCACAGAAGCAGGAAGAGAGAAAUCGCACCGCCUGGCCUUUUCUGCCAUACUGGAAACAGCAUCCUUAGGUCUUUUCAGAGCACGAUCACUUGUGGCUGAGGUCAGGUCAAAGCAUGAAAAGACAUUUUGUUCAAGGAAUCAGCCCCUGCAACCUGGCAGGCAGGGGACAGCGCUGCCACCGCCAGGGGCUUCCCGAGGGAGGCCUUCCGGGUCUGUGAGUGGCAUUUCAUGACUGAGCAAAUAUGCUUCGGGCCUCGCAGGGAAAACUGGUCUUUCAGGAAGACCUGUGCGAUGCUGCAUUUCACCCAAGACUGAAUAGCCAGAAGUAGUACGAAUUCCUUUUCUUAGGAAGCACAAUAAGCUCACUUUCAGGACUUUUUCUUUUUUUGUUUUUUGUUUGUCUUUUUGAGACAGGGUCUUGAUG